GGCCCUGGCCCCGCCCCUACGCUAGGCCCCGCCCCCUCAGGUUGAUGGCAGCGGCAGCUGGGGCUGCGGCAGCGCCGGGCCCUGGAAAGCCGCAGGCAGUGGCCGGAGCGCGGAACCGGACGCCCGGGUCUCAGACGCUGCGGACACCCAGAGAGGCGGCUCCUUCGUUCUGACGCCUUCCUCGGCCCCCAGCGCACUCGGGUCCCCUUCACAGAGGAGUCGCAGCGUGAGCACCCCGCAGCCCGCUCAGGACCAGCUCACAGGACUAAGGACCAAAGGCAUUUCUGGGCACUAAGAUCCUACCUCUGCCCGCAGCUAUGAGCAGACGUGUGGUUCGGCAAAGCAAGUUCCGCCAUGUGUUUGGGCAGGCAGCAAAGGCCGACCAGGCCUAUGAGGACAUCCGUGUGUCCAAGGUCACAUGGGACAGCUCCUUCUGUGCUGUCAAUCCUAAAUUCCUGGCCAUUAUUGUGGAGGCUGGAGGCGGGGGUGCCUUCAUCGUCCUGCCUCUGGCCAAGACAGGGCGAGUGGAUAAGAACUUCCCACUGGUCACUGGGCACACUGCUCCUGUGCUGGAUAUUGACUGGUGUCCACACAAUGACAACGUCAUCGCCAGUGCCUCAGAUGACACCACCGUCAUGGUGUGGCAGAUUCCAGACUAUACCCCCAUGCGCAACAUUACGGAACCUAUCAUCACACUUGAGGGCCACUCCAAGCGUGUGGGCAUCCUCUCCUGGCACCCUACUGCCAGGAAUGUCCUGCUCAGUGCAGGUGGUGACAAUGUGAUCAUCAUGUGGAAUGUGGGCACUGGGGAGGUGCUGCUGAGCCUGGAUGAUAUGCACCCAGACGUCAUCCACAGUGUGUGCUGGAACAGCAACGGUAGCCUGCUAGCCACCACCUGCAAGGACAAGACCUUGCGCAUCAUUGACCCCCGAAAAGGCCAAGUGGUGGCGGAGCGAGCCCGGCCUCACGAGGGCGCCCGCCCGCUGCGGGCUGUCUUCACCGCAGACGGGAAGCUGCUCAGCACUGGCUUCAGCAGGAUGAGUGAGCGGCAACUCGCGCUCUGGGACCCGGAGAGGUUUGCGGCCCACGAGGGGAUGAGGCCCAUGCGGGCCAUCUUCACACGCCAGGGCCAUAUCUUCACCACGGGCUUCACCCGCAUGAGCCAGCGAGAGCUGGGCCUGUGGGACCCGAACAAUUUCGAGGAGCCAGUGGCACUGCAGGAGAUGGACACGAGCAACGGGGUCCUACUGCCCUUUUACGAUCCUGACUCCAGCAUCGUCUACCUUUGUGGCAAGGGCGACAGCAGCAUUCGGUACUUUGAGAUUACCGAAGAGCCGCCUUUUGUCCACUACCUGAACACGUUCAGCAGCAAAGAGCCGCAGCGGGGCAUGGGUUUCAUGCCCAAGAGGGGACUGGAUGUCAGCAAGUGUGAGAUCGCCCGGUUCUACAAGCUGCACGAAAGAAAGUGUGAGCCUAUCAUCAUGACUGUGCCCCGCAAGUCAGACCUGUUCCAGGACGAUCUGUACCCGGAUACACCAGGCCCGGAGCCAGCCCUAGAAGCGGACGAAUGGCUAGCCGGCCAGGACGCCGAACCUGUGCUCAUUUCGCUGAGGGACGGCUACGUGCCCCCUAAGCAUCGCGAGCUCCGGGUCACUAAACGCAACAUCUUGGACGUGCGCCUGCCCUCCGGCCCCCGCCGCAGCCAGUCGGCUAGCGACGCCCCCUUGUCGCAGCAGCACACCCUGGAGACGCUGCUGGAGGAGAUCAAGGCCCUCCGCGAGCAAGUGCAGGCCCAGGAGCAGCGCAUCACGGCUCUGGAGAACAUGCUGUGCGAGCUGGUGGACGGCACUGACUAGCUCCGCGCGCGCCAGGCAGGCAGAGCAGGGCAGGGCGGGGCGCACAAGCUCGGCCCCGCCCCGGCUUGUGGUCCGGGAUUCCCGACCCCACCUUUCUGGGCUGGGGCCGGGGGCGUGACUGGGAAGGAAACUCCGCCCCUCACGGGACUCUGGGAGCGUAGGGGAGACCCACCUCGUCUGGGACUCGGCUGGAGCUGGCCUAGGGAGGCCUGGGGUCACCGGGGGUUGCUCAGCAAUGGUGCUGCACGACGAGGUGGUGCCACCCCCUUUGUUCUCCGCCCAGGGAAGGGACAGUGCUUAGUAUUAGGGUGAUGCUUGGGGAUAUUGGGGAACCUGAGCUUGACCUCAAUGGGUGGCGAUUCAUUGGGUCCCCCAGGCUGGGGAAAAUGACAGCGCGUCUCCUAAUCAGCUCACUGAAUUCCAUCACCCUGAGCGGUAAACCAGAUGGGCGUCACCCCAGUUCUGCAGACACAUACACAACCCCUUUGCUGCAGAGCCGGACCCAGUGGCUACACCCACAGAGGUCUAUGGUAGAGAGCUCUCUCCUUUCCACCGACAAGGGGCGAGGGCGGCUUCCUCUAGGCAGCCCCCGCGGAGAAAUCUCGAGAGAACUGGCAUGAUGAACUAGGUUCAUCUCACACACACACACUGCCCCCACCCCUCUGCCGUUGCCUUGACUCUCAGAAAAACAAGACGUACUGAAUGAAACACUUUACCAAGCUUCGGUCUCUGCCUCCUGCAUGAGUGGGGGUGAGGGGAAUGAGGACCCCCCCAGCCUCUACAAAUGCCACCCCCAGGCUCCUGGGCUCAGGAGCCACCAGGCAGCCUCUUACCCUAGAGCUCUCCCCACUCUGAGGUUCAGAAGGACCCCAACCUGCACCAUAGGUGGUCCCCCAGUAAAGUCAGGUAGGAAAAGCC